AUGUGUUCGCGGCAACUACAGAUUCGAUCAUUGGCAGACUCGGCUCUUCCCGUCCAUUGCUUGUCAAAAACAGUCCGACCAAUUGCUACCUGGGAAAGCCGCCGCCUCGCCUUAAGCACGGCACCGCACCGCUCACAGGCAACGGCUGCAGGCAAUUUUGUGCUCAGAAGGCAUCUGCCCCACGGGCCCCUUCCAAGCCUCGGUCGCGACAUGGCCUCCACCUGCGAGGUGCCGACAAAAGCACGUGGGGGCAAGUUCUCCCAGUGGGUUUCAAAGCAAGUUGUCGACGAGCAGGUUCCAUCGAUUAGCCCCUCAACACCACCAGCUCUCUAUCCAUCAGACGAGCCUAUGCAAAAGGAACCCUUGGCUUUGAAGCCGAUGGCAGAGGAUGAAGAGGAGGCUUUCCGGCAGUACAUGGAUAAAAUUGGCGAGAACCGUGAUGGCACGAGCGCAGGCUUCAACCGCAAGGCAUUUCCUUGGUUUACACCCAAAGAACCGGCAAAAGCGCCGACCGUCUCGGCUGAGGUUCUCGAAGCAGCGAUGGAAUUCAAGCCAAAGCCGCGGACUUCCCCGAAGCUUUGGGAGGUGGACUCGGAGGGCGAGGAGGUGCCUCUGUGCCCGCGCUGCUCGCUGCCGGUGGGCGAGUUCGCUUACCAGGGGCGUGAGGGCAAGCAGACUUGCGUGCACACGGAGUGCAUGGCCCAGGUCAUGUCACAGGAGGCGCAGCGCGAGGAGGACGCUCGGGUCAAGCGGGAGAAUGUGAAGAAGGAGAAGAACCGCCGCGAGUAUGACAUCGGCUGGCGCAUGGACAGCGUGCCGAAGAGUGCCCAGUGGGCCGAGCGGAUGGGUUGCAAACCCGCACCGCAGGGGCUCUGCUGCCUCGUGCUGGAUGAAGCCUCCCGCACGGUCAAGGUCGCAGCCACCGCGGAGCCGUCUGCUGCUGUGAACUUGGAGUAUUUGCUUCUGGCACUCAAGGUCCGCAAGACCGCUUCUCGCGAGCCCCUAUUCUCCUUGGACCCAGUGGACCCGCAGAAUUUGGAAAAAACGCCGCAGAAGAAGGUUUACGAGCCGAGUUGGCUUGCAGGAACCAGCGUGGGUGAUGUCAUGUUCCAAGCCGAUUACUUCCUGAAGGAGCUUGCGCUUGGAGAGUACGACAUGCCGGUGGUUGGCAUGCUGAGCGUCUUUGACUGGUCCGAGAUGAAGGACAAGGACAAGAGCUGGGCAGGACGUGAGUGGUACGUGGUGAAGAAGGCGGAGAUCCGCAUGGCCGAGGACAACACGUUGAUCCCACACGUGAAGAUGGGAGUCGAGGCUCGGGAGCAGGUGGUGACGAAGAAGGGCCUGGAAGAUGCCCCGGUGACCCUGCCGCACCAUCCGCUGAAGAAGUUCGCCGAUGCCUUCACGCGCAACUUCGACCUGAUCGCCGAGCGCAAGAGCGUGGUCUUCCACCUUCGAGAGCUUGCGAAGGCUUCGGCCAUGGCCAAGUACCUCAUCGACUCCAAGGCGCGCCUGGACCCGACAUGGUAUGUCCUGGCUGACGAGAUCGUGAAGUCCACCGAGCCGGAGGCUUACCCUCAGAUCCCGCAGCUUUGGAACAUGCGUGGCAACUCGCGCAUCAAGCUCAAGGAGGGCCGGCUUGUGGACAUGGUCACAGGUGGCCAGAGCAAUCUGCAGGCCAUCUAUGGCGGCGUUGAGUUUGGUCUCGACCGCUUCGAGCUCGCCCAGCGCCAUGCGCUCCAGGGGCAAAAGCCGAGCGUGCCGGGUGUGCAGCUGGCGCAGUCGGGCCGACCCAUGUUCAUGCCCCAGCGCUUCCAGCUGGGGCAGCGCCCGGAGAUGCCCCAGGGUGUUGACCUGAACUUGGACAAGUUCUCCUUGUCGACAGAGGAGCGCUUUGCUGGCCGCCUUCCUCCAUGCAGUGGAGGUGUGGGCUCACUGGAGGCAAAGACUGUGCUGGGCAGGGCUUUCCUGCAAGCUUUGCAGCAGAAGUCCUUUGCCGUAAAGCCAGAAGAUCAGAGCCUCCUGCUGAACAUCUUCAAAGUGCCCCAGUGCGAUCGCGUUGAGGAGGGCGAUGCUUUCAUUCCACCGGACCCUAAUCUCGAGUACCUCACCAAGGUCCGCAGCCUCGUGGGGGAGGAGAAGACUCUGCGGGAAAGGCGCAAGCAGCGCUUCAGCGACAAGUCCUUCGCCGUGGCCAAUCCGGGUUUGGACUUCCCGCGCUCCUGGACUCCGCGCUUCCAGGUCGAGUUGGAGGGCCGCGUCUCGCAGACGGCACCCACAAAGUUUGGCCUCAAGAAGCUGGAGGUGGACGAGGCGUUCAAGCGCGGGCUUCUGGAGAACGUCCUGCCAGCUGCCGCCCCCGAGUUUAACCAGGUCACAGAGGACGGCAUCGUCUUCCGCAUCUACAAGAUCGGAAGCCUGGAGGUCAGAACCAUGCAAGAAGCGGAUGAGCCGGAGGCCAUCGCAGUGGUUUUCUCAAGUGGCACCGCCUCCUGGGAGGGCAAAGCCGUGGACUCUGAGGACGUUCUACGUGACAGGCUCGUGAAGUGCAAGGUCUACGUCGAGGCCAUGGAGCAGGAAUCGCAGCUCCACCUCGCCAAGGAUGCACGCACGGGAUGCAACUUCUACAUCGUCCUGGAGACAGAGAAGAAGAAUCGUAUCGUAACGGAGGCGCUUGGUGCUGGUGCCCUGUCUUGGGUGCAGAAUCCCCACAACUUGGAGGAUCGAAACUCGCUGGCCAAGCUGCUCUUCACCGCAGACUGCAAGGACGAGGUCUACGCGCGCGACGUGAAGCAGUUCCAGCGCACCUUGGUUCUUCCCCCCAGCGCCGGCCUCCGCAAACACUAUGCCAAAGCCGUCUACAAGUUUGUGUCUGGGCGAAGCUUUCGUGGAAAGUGGGGCGGAAAAUUGCGACGUUUCGCUCCUCCGCCACAGGGUGGAAACCUGGGCCUCGCCGCUCUGGGCCGCUCCUCUGACUUUUUGAACGUCAUGUGGUUGGCCCGGAAGAGUUCCAACAAAGCAGAUCUUCUGAAGCCAAAGACCCCUGCCUAUUACUGA